GUUUUGCUGUCUCAGCAUGGAGAGAACAUGGACCUAACUGCGUCUUCAACAACAGUCCAGUCCACUGCAGAAUGUCCUUGUGCGUACACGCGUCUCGUUUCUCCUCAGCACUGUUCUCAGCUGUGUUGAAUUAUUCACUGAAGAGUAUGAGUUUGACCCUCCACUCGGUGAGGUCAGUUUGAGAAGGCCACUGGAAAUUAGCGCUCAUCCGGGACUUAAAGGAGACAUGAGCACACGGGUCUCGUGGUUAGUUCCCGAGCUCUUACACAUACUUAUCCAGAACAUCGCCAAAUGGAAGCUAAAGGAUGCUGGACAGAAAUAUCUUGUUUGGAGUGAUGGGCAGCAGCAGCUGAGACACUGAAGGUCUGCGCCUGGCCGCUUAACGAGCCCCGGUGUCGCGCGCAUACUUUCUCUGAGCACAGGAAACGAUGUCAUGGGACGAGAGUGUUUUCAGAUCCAUUUUAAUCUUAUUUGGUAGGACAAAAACGCCACGGAGUGUUUCGAAAAGUUCUUCUUUGAGAUGUUUUAUAGAAUGCCAUUUUUGACGUGUGACUGGACUGUAAACAUCGUGUCCAAUCUGGCAACCCAACAUCCUCGUGCCCAUUGAACGCUGAGCCGUGUGCGCUUGGCAAUCACCGAGGAAAGUGUGGAGGCUGUAGUAUGGGACAGCAAUGUUGUCCAGGGAAGGUGUUAUUCCUGACGAUUAUGUCCUGACCCGGUUGGCGGAGGACGUCCUGCAACCCAAAUUCAAGACUAAACAGAGGAAGUCGCGCUUUGUGGACAAGAACGGCACGUGCAACGUAGCGCACACGAACAUCCGCGAACAGGGCCGCUUCCUGCAGGACGUGUUCACCACGCUGGUGGAUCUAAAAUGGCUUUACACGCUGAUUAUCUUCACCAUGUCUUUCCUGUGCACUUGGUUCCUGUUUGGCAUGAUCUGGUGGCUCGUUGCUUUCGCACACGGUGACCUGGACACGAACGCGGACGGAUUUGUUCCGUGCGUCACCCAAAUACACUCGUUCUCCUCGGCGUUCUUGUUCUCCAUCGAAGUUCAGGUGACGAUAGGAUUCGGAGGGCGCAUGAUUACGGAGGAGUGCGUGUCCGCAGUUAUAGUGUUGAUCGUACAGAACAUUGUAGGCCUGGUGAUUAACGCGAUCAUGCUGGGCUGCAUCUUUAUGAAGACUGCGCAAGCGCGCCGCCGCGCUGAGACCCUGAUCUUCAGCAAGCACGCGGUGAUCUCGCUGAGGAACGGCAAGUUGUGCCUCAUGGUGCGCAUCGGCGACCUGCGCAAGAGCAUGAUCAUCAGCGCCACAGUGCACAUGCAGCUGGUGCGCCGCAACACCACGGACGAGGGCGAAGUGAUUCCGCUGGAGCAGACCGACAUCCAGACUGACAACCCGGUGGGCGGAAGCAGCAUCUUCCUCGUGUCUCCGCUCGUCAUCAGCCACGUGAUUGACAAGAGCAGCCCCAUGUACGAGCUGUCAGCUGAAGACUUGCAGCGCGAAAACAUCGAGGUGGUGGUGGUGUUGGAGGGCGUGGUGGAGACCACCGGCAUCACCACACAGGCGCGCACAUCCUACGUGUCUGAGGAGAUCCUGUGGGGUCAGCGCUUCGUGCCCACUGUGUCCGAGGACGACGGCAUGUACGCCGUGGAUUACUCCAAAUUCGGCAAAACGGUGAAGGUUCCCACGCCGAUCUGCAGUGCCCGGAAGUUGGACGAGGAAGACGGCGUGGUUUGGUUUAAACCGCGAGACCUCACAUCCGCCAGAGGUUCUGUGCGAAGGCGAGUAAAGCGGCAAGCGACCCAUCACGAUGCGUGAACCUUACUGUCAUGGGGAAAAUUCCUUUUUAGAUAGGGAUACUGCGUGCACUUCAUCUAUAUCCUAUAGAUUAAAUCAGCUUGAAACUGAUUCUAUAUGUUCUUUAAAGUUUUGAAUUGGCUUUUUUUUUAAUGCUGAUGAAAUGUAGGCAUGCAAUAAAUAAAUUUAGCCCGUGUGAAGUGUUAAUACAUACAGUGCCCUCCACUAAUAUUGGCACCCUUGGUAAAUAUGAGCAAGGAAGGCCGUGAAAAAUUGUCUUUAACCUUUUGAUAUUUUGUUUAAAAAAAAAAAUCACAAAAAUACUCUCGUGGAUAUCAAAGAAUUGCAAACAAAACAGGUUUAUAAAAAAUAUAUAUAGCUUUGUUAAAUAUAGGUAUGUAACAAUUAUUGUGGCACCCACAACACGUGUCAAUGACCACAACACUUCUCAAAAAAGUUGGGACGGGGCAACAAAAUGCUGGAAAAGUAAGUGUUAAUAAAAAGAAUUCAUAUGAGAGAAAUAGUAUAUUUAUAUUCCCAUAGAUAUUUAACUUUUUUGUACACUUCACUGACUAGGAACAGGAAAUUGUUCAACCAUGGUUUCCUGUUUCACAGGGGUAUAAACAUGAGGUAACAAAAAAAAGGCCAAAUUCCCUUAGUCAUUCAUCACAAUGGGGAAGACCAAGGAAUAUACCUGUGACCUGCAGCAAAAGGUUGUUGAGCUUCACAAAAUGGGAAGUGGCUAUAAGAAAGCAAAAGCAUUGAAAAUACCCAUUUCCACCAUCAGGACAAUAAUUAAGACGUUCCAGUCAACUGGAAAGGUUAUGAAUCAACCUGGAAUUGGACGCGUGUCUAUAUUGUCUCAACGCACUGUGAAGAGGAUGGUUCAAGUGUCCAAAAAACAAGGAUCACAGCUGGAGAAUUACAGAAUUUAGUUGCGUCUUGGGGUCAGAAAGUCUCCAAAACUACAAUUUGAAGUCACCUACAUCACCACAAGUUAUUUGGAAGGGUUUCAAGAAAAACGCCUCUACUCAUCCAAAAACAAACUCAAGCGUCUUCAGUUUUCCAGACACUACUGGAACUUCAAAUGGAAUCGGGUUCUAUAGUCAGAUGAAACCAAAAUAAAGCUUUUUUGGCAAUAAACACCAGAGGUGGUUUUAAUGCACACAGAGAGGUAGCCAUAUGGAAAAGUACCUCAUGCCCACGGUUAAAUAUGGUGGUGGCUCUUUAAUGUUUUGGGGCUGUUUUUCUGCCAGAGGACCUGGACAUUUUGUUUGAAUACAUGGCAUCAUGGACUAUAUCAUAUAUCAACAGAUAUUAAAUGAAAACCUGAUUGCCUAUGCCAGAAAGCUUAAAAUGGGCCGUGGUUGGAUCUUCAGCAGGACAAUGAUCCAAAACAUACAUCAAAAUCAACACAAAAAUGGUUUACUGACCACAAAAAUCAAGGUCCUGCCAUGGCCAUCCGAGUCCUCUGACUUGGAAUCCCACAGAAAACCUGUGGGGUGAACUGAAGAGGAGAGUGCUCUAGCAUGGAACUCAAAAUUUGAAGGAUCUGGAGAGAUUCUGUAUGGAGGAAUGGUCUCAGAUCCUUUGCCAACCUGAUCAGGCAUUAUAGGAGAAGACUCAGAGCUGUUAUUUUGGCAAAGGGAGGUAGCCCAAAGUAUUAACUAAAAGAAUGCCAAUAAUUGUUGCACAGCUAUAUUUAACAAAGAUUUUUAUUUAUUUAUUUUUUGGAUAAAGCUGUGUUGUGUUUGUUUAAAAUAUUUUCAGUUUUCUUUGCUCAUAUUUACCAAGGGUGCCAAUAUUAGUGGAGGGCACUGUAUGUGCCAAAACAUAACCUAUUUGUCAAUUAAAUAAAUACAGACAUGCAUGGUAUUUUUCUCAGGGGAUCUAACGAUCACAUUUUGCUAUAGAAAAAUGUCCCUCCACACUGGCCUUGGCAUGCAAAUAAACUGGAUUGUUUUCAUGA